GCUUGGUGGAUGGGUGUGCAGUACAAAUAGUGGAUAUUAAAAAUAACAAGCUUGUGCUGUACGAAGAGAAACUAGCAGGUAUCUUGAUGCAAGCCCAGUUGAAAGAUAUUCCAGUGAUGGUCGUGUCAGUUGCUGGUUUGUUUCGAGCAGGAAAGUCAUUUUUACUUAACUUGCUGGUCAAGUACUUCUCUCACGGUUGCUCACCAAACUGGAUGGAUGACCAGGAAAGCACACUAAAUGGAUUUCUUUGGAAAUCUGGUGCUGAAAGAGUUACCACUGGCAUAUGGAUGUGGAGUAAAGUGUUCAUUACAGGGCCGGAUGAUAGAAAAGUAAGAGGGCAUCAAAUGAAAUUAUGA